AUGACAACAAACAUCGAAUCAUGGUUUAUUCCUUUCGAUAUUGUUAUGAUUGUGUGUAGUGUUUUUGCCGUUAUCCUAGCUAUGUUAUUUUUAAUCAUUAUUAUUCUUGAUAAAACAUGUCAUACAGUAUCAAUGAUGCUCGUUGCAAAUUCAUGUUUAGCUGAACUCGCUUUUGGAAGUAUUUCAAUCAGUAUGGCUAUAUUUACACUUCAAAAUGAUAUUAAACAAAUUCAAUAUCAAGAUUCACUUUGUGUUUUUCGAGGUUUCAUGGGUUAUGUCGUGGCUGCUCUACAGUUUUAUUCUUUUUUACUUCAAGCUAUCUACCGAUAUAUCAUAGUAAUUUAUCCCACUCGUCUAUUUUGGCAAUCAACUCGAUUUCAAGUUUUACUUAUGAGUAUUACAUGGAUAUUUGGCUUUGUCUGUCCACUACCACAUAUACUCACUCAUGCAAUCACAUACAAUGUUGAUAAUCAAUUCUGUCAAAUGCCUCUUCGACUGUCUUUUUUAACAGUUUACAACGCACUUUUUGUCUGUGUGGUUCCCGUGUCUCUCACAAUGUUAAUCUAUUUUAGAUUGGUUCGAUAUGUGAGAGAAAUGAGUAGACAUAUAAUAUCUGCUAAUACUUUAUUUCGUGCUCAGCGAGAACUCAAGAUGGUUCGACGUAUCGUUAUCCUUGUCAUUGGUGUUGUUACACUUGGUUUUCCUUAUGUACUGUUUACGUUUAUAUCAUUUUUCACUACUCCACCAAAAUAUCAUUUUCGUAUUGCUUAUAUAUUUGCUGAUGCAUCAAUGGCAUAUGUAAUGAUUGCUCUAUUUCAAUUUACAGACCCAUUAAAAGAGUAUGUAAAGAAAAUAAUUCAUGGAAGAUCAAACGCCGUAAUACCAACGAUGACGUAA